CAUGAUAUAUAAAAUUUGUUUUCCAUUGUCUUCCAUGAGAUAGCUUCAAGUGUUUUACACCUCAAGUCCCCUUGUGUAACCAUUGUUUUGCUGUCAACUGUACCCUCUACGAUGCGUUCAUUCAUUACUAUCAGCUCGCUUGUUUCGGCUGUGUUAGCAGCAGAGCCAGUAAGUAAUCACUGCAUUGGCCUCUGCUCUCGCAUUUCUUGGAGAGCUACUGAGGGGUCUUGACGCUGCGCGCUACUUUUUCAGAAAAUGCGAAAGCAAUGGACUAAUAUUGAGAUAGUGGCUUGAAGAACCAGAUACAGGCUUGGUCAAUUACCUUGCUUCCACAAACUACACUGAAAACUCCUUGCCUCUUUUAAAAGACAUGAGAGCGAUUCCGGACUUUGACUGGGCUGCUGAGGCAUACCUGGGCGAUCAGCAAUACGCAUUUUAUAGAACAGCAGCAGCUGGAGAAUGGAGUAAGUCGCCCUGAAGCUGCUAACAGUAACGACCUAAUAGCCAACAGGUUACCGUAACAACCUUGAUAUAUGGGCGAAAAUCAAGUUCAGAACUCGUAUGUUGAACGAUGUCUCCAGACUAAACGAGACACUUCCGUAUGUUCACUCACACCGCCUCGAAUGGGUAGCUUACUGAUCAAGACAGUGUAAUCUUCAUGGGAUACAAUUUCAGUGCUCCAAUAUUCAUAGCUCCAGCUGCUCGUGGCGUUUACGGAGACGAGAGGGCAGAGUUAAACUUUGUCGACGCUGCUGCCAGUGAGAACAUUCUCUAUACCGUAAGUCAUUUUCCGAGCACCAAUUUUUGGGUAUUUGAUAAUAUCACUGACGAGAUAUGUCUAGGCUUCAAUUUACGCCUCCAAGUCUAUCGAAGAGCUUGGCGCCCAAAAGCAUAAUGACACAAUGAAUGGGCCUCAAGUUGCCUUCCAACAAGUUAGCCGUCACUUACACCUUACAAAAAGACGUAUUGAUGCUGAUCACGCUAGAUUUAUGGAAACUCGAAUGAGUCCGUCAUCUGGGAACAGAUUGCUCGUGCUGAAGCACAAAACGCGAAAGCAUUUGUGUUCACAAUCGACGCACCUGCUACAUCUACUCGCCACCGUGCAGCUCGUUAUGAUACAACCAAUGCGUAUGUUAAAUCCAAAAAGUUGUAAUAUUCCAAACUAAUUUGUUAUUUCGAUUAGCAAUGCCGCUACCGGAGCACUUACAGUAGGCGCAAUCUUGUCCUUAUCCAAAAGAUUAUCCUAACCGACAUUAUAGUGGGACCUUUACGACAGAAUAAAGAAUCGUACCAAGCUUCCAGUGAUCCCAAAAGGAAUUACAACCGUCGAUGAUGCACUUGUAGCAAUUGAGAAAGGAGCUCCUGCGAUCUACAUCUCAAACCACGGUGGUAGACAGCUUGACCACAGCCCAUCACCACUCGAGAUUGCGCAUGAAAUUUACAAAAAUGCUCCAGAGGUGUUCACCAAGGUUGAUGUCAUGGCUGAUAGUGGUGUGAGAUACGGUACCGAUGUGCUUAAACUUCUCGCUUUUGGCGUAAAAAUGGUUGGAAUGGGACGUCCGUAAGUGAAAUCGGUGCUCUUCGGUACCCCCAAUAUCACGUCAAGCACUAACAUUUGUUGCUUUUUAGGUUCAUGUUUGCCAAUUGCUACGGACUCGAGGGCGUCACUAAGCUCAUCCAAAUCAUGAAGAACGAGAUUGUUAGUGAUGGAGCACAAGCCGGAAUCACUGAUUUACGAAACGUUGCUCCCAAAAUUGUAAGUCUUCAUGGCCCUAUAGCGUUGUCCCCUUUGCUAAUACAGAAUAGUUCAAUACUCGUGCCCUCGAUAAUACCGUCUAUCUCAUGGACGAUGAAGAGAUUGAAGUCAAGAACAGAGUCAUCGCUAACACUAAAAAGCAUUAAUCAAAAGCAUGAAAAAGCCUUUGGUCAAAGCUUUCUUAUGAUUUUCACUGUCUGAUAACAGGCUUUCAACAAAUCCUCGGCGCAUCAAUUUUAUAUGCAUAAGUGGCCCCACAUGGCGGCCUGUGUGGAUCUGUAAAGGUUAAAUUGAA